AUGCAAGGUGUCGCCCUCGUCACUGGUGGAGCUUCGGGUAUCGGCGCUGCUACCGCGCGCAAGUUCCUCCUCAAGGGUGUGGACAAGGUCACCAUUGCCGACUUUAACGCGCCUCUGCUGGCUUCGUACGCUAAAGACCUCGAGGCCGAGUUCCCCAACGCGCAGAUCCUCCCCAUCGUCACCAACGUUGCCGACGAGAAGGACAUCAAGAAGAUGGUUGACGAGACGGUUGCCAAGUUUGGCCGCCUCGACUACUGCGCCAACUGUGCCGGUAUCAGCAUGGUCCACCCCAUCAACGAGUUUGAGACUGCCUCGUGGGACAAGGUGAUUGGCGUCAACCAGAACGGUGUCUUCUUUGCUCUCCGUGAAGAGAUUGCCCAGAUGCAGAAGCAGGACCUCGUCCCACACCCGGGACGUGAACGCGGUGCUCGCCGCGGUGCCAUUGUCUCAAUUGCCAGUAUCGCCGGUCUCCGCGCCAUGCCCCACAGUGCUGCCUACGUUGCGAGCAAGCACGCCGUCAUUGGCCUGACCAAGACUGCCGCCAUUGAGAAUGGCCCCAACGGCAUCCGCGUCAACUGCGUCGCGCCCGGUAUCAUCAUCACGCCCCUCACCAAGGCCGUCAACGAGGUCAAUCCCCAGUUCCUGCCCAUGGCCACCAGCACGAUGGCCACUCCGCUCUCCCGUGGUGGCCAGCCCGAGGAGGUCGCCGACGUCAUUGUCUUCCUGUGCAGUGACGAGGCGUCGUUUGUGUCGGGCUCGACGUGGGAGAUUGACGGCGCCAUGACCGCCAAGUAG